GAACAUGUAGUUGAAGUAAACUGUGUUCAUCCUGGUGUCAGUCUGGAAGAUUUGUAUAUUCGCUUAAAUGUGAUUUUAUAGAUUUUUUGGGGGUUUUGCAGAGUUUUUUAAUUGUAGUUUGAUUCUCUUUCCUUACUUUUGCAUGGUAUUUUGGAUAACAAAACAGAAACAUAUGCAAGAACGAUGGUUGAAGAGUUGAGAGCAGUUCUGAUUGGAAGGCAUCACUCUGGAAAAACAUCGGUGAUUAACACUAUUUUAGAUACCAGUGAAACAGAAGCUGAAGGAGAUGAUCAUAUUAAGAGAGAGGGGUUUAUUGAGGGAAAGAAAGUCAGUCUGGUUGAAACUCCUGGCUGGUGGAAAACCUUCAAUCCGAGAGAUUUAUCCAACAUCUCCAAACAGCAGCUGCUUCUCAGGAUUUCUCUGAUUUCUCCCGGACCUCACGUGGUUCUGAUCGUGAUUCGGGCCGAUUCUGCGUUCACUGACCCUGAUGAGAGGUUUCUGAAGGAGCAUGAGGAGCUUCUGGGUCCCAGUGUCUGGACUCACUCCCUCGUCAUCUUCACAAGAGGAGAUUUAAUUCAACGAGAAGAGAUAGAGCGGCGUAUUCGAGAAGACGGGUCGGCUCUCAAGCGGGUCAUUGAGAGAUGCGGAAAUAAAUAUCUUGUUUUUAACAAUUCAAACCAUCACGACCGAACCCAAGUUAAGGAGCUGUUUAAGAAAACUGAAGGAGUUGUUGGGAAGAAUAACGGCAAGCUUUUUAACAUCGACCUGGAAAAAGUAAAGGACGUCAAUGAGCAGUGGGAGGAAAUUCAGACCAGAGCGAAUUCUAGAAAAUCCAGAGUACAGGAGGAACGCUCGAUACUUCAAGAGAAAGCACAUGUGCAUGGUCUUGAAGAGAUCAGAGUUGUUUUGCUGGGAUGGGUGUUUUGUGGAAAGAGUUCAGCCGGAAACAUCAUCUUGAACCAGGAUGAAUUUGCCACAGGAGGAAGAACCAGAGAAUGCUCGAGAGGGUUUGGAGAUGUAGACGGAAGGAAGAUGACGGUGUUGGACACUCCAGGCUGGUGGAAGUACUUUGCAUCUGAAUUUAACCCCGAUUUCAUUAGAUCUGCGAUCUUAGAAAGCGUUUCAGAGUGUAAGAAGCUCCCUCACGCCAUGCUGCUCGUGAUUCCUGCAGAUACAUCAUUUCAGGAAGAACAAAAGAGAAUCACUGAGCAAAAUAUGUCCAUCCUGGGAGACGGCGUCUGGAGACACACCAUCGUUUUGUUCACGUGGGGCGACCGAUUCAAAGACAUCUCCAUCGAGCAGCACAUCGAGGCUGAAGGAGAAGCUCUCCGGUGGCUGAUUGAGAAAUGCAGGAACAGAUAUCACGUCUUCAACAACGCGGACAAGAAGAAUCGAGAUCAAGUCACAGAGCUGGUCCAGAAGAUCGAGGAGAUGGUGGCAGAAAACUGCUCGUUUCGCCUCAAUGCACCGAAAAUCUGCGACGAGAAAAGCUGUCUGAGAAACGACAAACAGGAGGAUCUCGAUAUGAAGAUCAAGCUGAAGGAUGUCUGCCACUUUCUGGACGAGGGCUUUAAGAGAGAAGCUGGAGAGAUAAGAGGGAAGAUAGAAAAGCUAUGCAUGGAUAUCUUGGAUGUACAGCUAAACCUUCAGGACUCUUGGAGUAUGGAUGAUCCUAUUGACUUAGCCCGAGACGAUUCCCGUAGACCACUAAAAGCGAUCCGUGCACCUCAACAAGACACCACCUCUAAUCCGAUUAAUGCUCUUCUUGUGAGAGAGUUCAGCAGAUGGGAAAGUAUCAUCAUAGACGGUGUUCAGGAAAGCCUGCAGGACAUCAAAUCAUCCAUUGAGCUCUCUCAGGCUGAGAAGAGGCAGAAGACAGAGGAUGCUGUUGAGAGAUGGCUACAGAACUGCUACCACUAUGUUGAACAUACUAUUGAUAAAAUACGAGAUCCAGAAACAGCGAUCAGGAGAAAAAGACUAAAAAUACAAUGAUUACUGAAUAAUGUACUGUUUGUCUGUGUGUGUGUGUAUAUAUAUAUAUAUAUAUAUAUAUAUAUAUAUAUAUAUAUAUGUAUACACACAAUGCAUGAUGUUAUUUAAUUAGGAUUUUAUAUGUCCCUGAAUCACUUCACAUGAGUUAUAGACGUUGCAGCUGUAUUUUGUGUUUUGCUUGAGAACAAGUUUACAGUCAUCUUCUCUCUGUUGAGUCCACAAAUGAAGGACAGUGUUUAUAAACGGGCCACGAAAAGUAAGCAAAUCUUUUGAAGCGCAAGGAGAAAAUUCAAAGUGAAGCAGCGGCGAGCUGGUUGAGGAAACUUAAAAGGCGUAAGUUGAGGAAACUUAAAAGGCGUAAGUUGAGGAAACUUAAAAGGCGUAAGUUGAGGAAACUUAAAAAGGCGUAAGUUGAGGAAACUUAAAAGGCGUAAGUUGAGGAAACUUAAAAGGCGUAAGUUGAGGAAACUUAAAAAGCGUAAGUUGAGGAAACUUAAAAGGCGUAAGUUGAGGAAACUUAAAAGGCGUAAGUUGAGGAAACUUAAAAAGCGUAAGUUGAGGAAACU